AUGACUCCCCGUCGUCUUUCAUCUUCAAACAGUUUGGCGAAUGCUCGUUCUGUUAGCACUGGCCAGUCCUCAACCCUUAAGGGUGGUCAGAUGUCUAUGGACUCAUUCGUCAAACCCGUUUUUGGGCCCUGGCCGCCUCGAUCGGAGACACUUCGCUCUGGCGGUUCGUUCUCUCAGCAUAGGCGCGCCGUUGGGGGGAUGGUAACCCGUGGCACUGAGGCCAUCGACGAGCCUCCUUCUCGAAGGUCAACAGACAGAAGGAGGCGCGAAGACAGAAAGAAGAAAUCCAAGGUUUCUGUCACCCUCCGAUGUGAUCCUAUGUGGCUCGGGUCACAGACCACUCCCGGCCUGCAGGCCAAGUACAUGAACAGACGAGAAGAUGUCUCCAGGCUCAUCGUCGCUGUCCAUUUGAAUGACCGCAGAGCCGGCAUCAUGACCCUUGUCGUUAACUCUGACUCUGACGCACAGCAGAUCAGGGACCACUAUGAAUUGAUCCGCGAUGCCUUUGAUCAUCAGGUUGAGAUUAUUCCUGAGAAGUUUCACAUCUUGUCUACCGACAUCACCAAGAGGAGGCUUGCAGAUCGCCUUGCUGGGCCUGGCCAGAGUCGAUCUCAACUACGAAUCACUUUUCGAAGACCUUCCUGGCCGUCUCACAGACUGGUUGCCGAAACGGGCUUCCGUCAAAGUUUGUUGACGGACGGGUGGUUCUCCUUGGUCCUGUCAUUAGGUUUGUGGCGCCAAUGCCAAGCCUCGGCUUGA